AUGGCACCGCCCAAACACAUCUAUGCCUGGCUCAUCUGCGGGUUUGCAACUCUUGGAGCAUGGCUCUAUGGCUACGACGGAGUGUACUUUACUGGUGUUGUGGCCCUUGGCGUCUUUGUCAAAAGUUUUGGUACAUUGCAACCAGAUGGUACUUAUUCCAUCCGACCAUCAGACUUGUCGGCCAUGACCUCGAUGAUUCAAGUUGGCGAGCUGGUUGGCUCGCUCGGCUCGGCCCCCAUCAACGACUAUCUAGGUCGAAAGGGAGCUUGGAUUGUGGGAUCCCUUUUCGUCACAAUCGGUGUCGUGCUACAGUUGGUGACAAGCUCGAGCCAAGCCAUUAUUUCGGGCGGUAGAGCCGUCUUGGGAUUCGGUGUCGGUGCCUUCUGCGCCACUUCGCCCCUUUACAUUGCUCGCAUUCUCGUCACGGAGUGGUCUAAGCAGCCACGUAUCGACCACGAUGCGGUUGACAUGCGGAACGACGACAAGUCUGACCGCGACGUCGAGAAGGUUGUUGCGGAACAAGUAGUUCAGCUUCGGGAGUAA